AUGUGCAAGCACAACACCAAAAAGCCCACAUCGGGCCAAAUCCUAACCGCAACCCUAAACCUCGAAUCCCUCAAGACCUCCGCCCAAAAAAGCACCGAGCUCGCCGAAUGGGCCCGCCUCGUCGACAACAACCUGAUCCCCGAGCCAACGGCAGAAAAAGCCGCGCUCCUGCGUGAGCGCGGGCGCCAGCAGAUCGCGCACGAGCUGCUCGUCGAGCUGGCGCACUAUCUGAAACAGAAGAGGAUGACCCACUACUACAUCUACACGGGGUACCGGGCCUCCACGCCGGCGGAUAGCUGGGAAGUCUAUGUGGCGUUUGGCAAGGAAGGACUGACUGAUGCAGACCGGAUUGAAGUCCGCCGCGAGAUCGAAGAGGACUUCUUUGCGCCGGCGCCGCUGGACGACGAUAUCGUUGUUAAGAGGGCUGUUGAUGCGUGUGCGGGUGUGGAGCUCCACUGGGGCGUGCAGCAGCAGUGGUGUAAUAUGACGAGGCUGGUUGUGUGGAAGGACAGGGCGUUUCUUGUUGAACACAAUGGGGAACGGGAUAGUGAGGUGCUGGCGCAGUUAGACAGUGCGGUUGCGGGUUGUCCAAAUGCCAUCCAGCAGAUUCUAAUGGGGUUUAGGCCGGGCAUGAUUCAGCUGUCAAAGCUGGAGAGUCGGAAGGGGCAGAUGGGCGUGAGUCUGGAGCAGGCGCUGGGCGGGCUGCAGUUACCCAGUGCGCGUGAGCUGCUGGAGCAGACGCUCGGUGCUGGGGGUCAGAACCCGUUGUUGCUCUCCACGCUUAGAUAUUGUCCCCCGGACGAGAUUGCCUUGGAAAUUGGUCACGGCACAUCCAGACUUCCAUUCCGCCUUUUGGCGUAUGUGUUUUCGAGUGUUUUAUGGGUCAGCUCCGCAGCUUAG